AUGGGAGAUGUCCGUAUUCUGGCAUCGCUACGUCGUACCAUCGACUGGCCUGAAAAGGUUCUUGAGCUGUAUAUGGAACACUGUAAUGACUACGAGUCACCCGAAGCGCUACGCAAAUGCCUGGACAGUGUGUACAGGGGCGAAAAGGGAGUCAAGAAGCGUCGAGAGCGUGAGGAGAAAGAGUACGCCGCAUACUAUUCUUCGGCAGCACCAGAGGCCCAGGCGGCGGCCGCCGCCGAUGACACGCAAAGCUUGAACAAGAGAAAACAUGACUCACUGGUGAACGACGAGGAGUCUUCGCAAGUGUCCACGAAGCGCCAGAAGAGUAAGCAGGACGAUGUUGAUACACAGUCAACCAGCUCUCAGCCUGCAAAGCGCGACCGCGAGAACACUACCAUAAUCAUUGUCAAUUUGCCUCCCGACACGACGCAAAGUAAAGUCCGACAAUACUUCAAGGACUAUGGUCACGUCAAAAAUUUCACUGCGUUUGUAAAAGAGGAAGACGGCAAGUCCAUUACCGCCUUGGUCGAAUUCACAUCAUCAUCUGAAGCUGAGUCUGCACUGCUUCGCGAUAAAAAGUACUUCGGAGAGCAUCAGCUACAAAUUGGACCUGGACAUGAUUUGACGGUUUAUGUCGCCAAUUACCCCCCGGCCGCGGAUGAGAAGUACAUACGUGCGCUCUUCCAGGACUGUGGAAAGAUCCUGAGCAUUAGGUGGCCUAGCUUGAAAGUGAACGCACACCGACGGUUUUGCUAUGUCUCUUUCCGUGACCAAGUUGCGGCAGCCAAGGCGGUCGAGAAAGAAGGAAAGCUUCUCGAAGACAAAUACAGGCUAUUGUCUAAAUUUUCAGAUCCUGGACAUAAGAAGGACCGCGAAGGUGCUGUCGCAGAAGGCCGUGAGGUGCACGUGGCAAACUUGGACAGCGAUGUCGUGGAAACAGACAUACGGGAUGUCUUUUCCAAGUACGGAACCGUUACCAGAGUCAACAUACCUCGAGGAUUCUCAGGCAAAUCACGGGGGUUCUGCUUCCUUGACUUCCAGACAAAAGAACAAGCCGAGAAAGCUGUGGCUGAGCUGAACAAUACCAAAUUCCGCCACCAGAUACUGCAAGUUUCCCUGUCCAAAGUGUCCAAAGUCAAGACAACUGCAAAGACUACCACCGCCUCAACCGUGGACAGCGAGGGCGAUUCUUCCAUGGAGACUAGCGCCGCAAGCAAAAAUAACAAUGCUGCUACUGUUGGAGAUAUAGGUGCUCGCACUAUUGCUUUACUCGGCCUGCCUGAUACGGUCAAUGAUGCUAGAGUUCAGAAGCUCGUCGAGCCCUUCGGCUCUCUCGUCCGAUUAGUAAUGCAGCCGAUGCACGGCGGUGCCAUUAUCGAAUUCACAGAUGCAGCUAGUGCCGGCAGGGCAGCUCUUCAGCUCAAUAGUAUGGAUUAUGAGGGCUACAAGCUACGCACAGGUUCUCCAGACGAGCUUCGACACGCCAAGGCGGAGCGCGGCGACGGCCAAUCUACAGCAAAGCCAAAAAAUAAGCAAGCAGCACGAGGUGGCAAUGAGAACGGAAACUCCGCGAGUAGUAGUGGUCUUAUGCUGGCGCCCAGUGGAAUAUGCCGCCCCACGACGUCUCGACCAGGUCCCAAGCGUGGCUUGGGGUUCACACCGCGGAAGGCAGCUGCGGGCAGCACUGAGGUAGCUUCAAAGGGCCUAUUGACAGCUGGAUCAAAGAAGAGCAAUGCGGAUUUUAAGGCCAUGUUCCUUGCCAGCAGCAGCGAGAAGAGCGAAGAGAGUAGGAAAUAA